GUCACCCAAAUCUUCCCUGCUCUCUCUCUCUCUUUCAUCCUUCCUCUCCCCUUCUUCCUCCGACAACCACGGUGGCUGCCCCUGCCGAUGAUGGCAGGUUUGCCGAGGCUCUGUCAAGUGGUGCCACCCAGCAGAGUACCGAUGGGUUCACCAGAAACCCUGCUAGGGCUCCACUUUUCCUCCACCCAUAUCGAGUUGAGAGUUUGGGGCAAGUGAUCAAAUUAGUUAUUUUACCUAUAAGGCCACGUUUGAUGCACAUGGAUUUUAGCAUCAGGGUAAAAUUGCCGAUUUUGUACGGCUUUUCGUGAUGCAAUCAAUCGCAGUAAAAAUCUCCUCGCCGAAACCCCUCCUUUACCGUGGAUUUUUUUUUGCCCGUUCGGGCUUUGUCUGUUCUCACGCCGCACGCGAUGGAGCAGCCGGCGAUUCCACCCUGGCUUCUCCAUUUUCAUUUUCGCAGUGGACAGCCUGCGAACUCUCCCUCUCCGUGCAGGGGAACUCACUCUCCGGCGACCACUUGCUUUUCCGGCGACAAAAAGUUCUCCUGCAACGUGCGGCUGAUCCAGGAAGCUUCGGUCAGCUUUCAAGGAUGGGGGUUCUGUUACUGCUGGAAAUGCUUCUGAGAUCAGUUACCUGCAGGCUAUGUCACACGGAUACGGCUGGGAAGGUCAAGUACCGGCGUCGACACGCCGACACGGGGAUCCCGACACGGGGACACCGCAGGAUACGUUUUGGAUCGGGUCUGGGUCAGACCCGAUCCAAACCAACCCGAUUUUCUUUUAAACCGUCGUUUUCUCUUUACGCGACUUUACCCUCCGACAGUCGACUUUCCUUACCUCGACGACUUCCACGGCAGCACAGUUCGGCAAUGGCGGGCGACGGCGACGGCGACAUCUGGUGGCGUCCGGCGGCAGCCGGCGACAGACAGUAUGGCGAGGAAAGGAAAAACAGUGUCUCAGUCUCAACCUACAAGUUGUGGUUCUGGAGGUUCUGGAUCAGCUGCGUCUAUUGCACAGCCACUUUGUUUGAGACUUUCUUGCUUAUGUCUUAGUAGUUAUCACUUUUGAGAUUGGUGAUGAACAAUGUUUUGUUUGAGACUUUCUUUAUUAUCAUUUUUAAUUUUUUUGAAUAUAAUAUUCACCGUA